GACCUUCACCCCCACGCAGAUGAAGGGGCCGAGGGGCCGUAAGGUUUUAAAUCCGCUUUUACAACUGAGCGCGUGUUGUUGAGCUGCACUUGUCACCGAACGACUCUCCGCCGUUUCCCGCAACCCUGCUUUUAGCAAAUUAGUUCUGCGGAAUUCCACAAGGUGGAGGAGGGUUCAUGAAAGGAACUCUGCUUUUGAACGGCGCAACCACCGCCUUGAUUCGAUCGUCGGCUACUGGUGCGAUAGGACGACCUGAGGAGCACCGGACGGGAAGGCGUCAACAGAUAUGGCCGUUAGUGACCAGCGAGCCACCCGCCAAUCAGGAAGUCCUGCCGCUGACCCGUGGGGGCGCUGAAAGCGCUUGCGAUGUAAAGCCGUUGUCCGACACUGCUGGGACGGCGGCUUCCACGCCGCAGCCCACGUCGACAGCGACGGCAGAACCUUUGAAUCGUGCGCCACCGUCCUCGACCAGAGCCAGCGGUCGACGAAAGCGGCAGCAGCGGCGAAAGCCUGAAACCAGCACCAGUGAGGGCGUGGAUCGCAGUCUUUCGGGUCACGAGGCGUCACGCAAGGAAGAACAAGGUGCUGCCACAUCGACAAGCCAGCGCGUCAGCGUAGUACAAAGAGCUCUAUGCGACCCGGAUUCGUUGACGCCCGAGCAAGUGGAUCGACUGGUGCGCGUCGUCUGCGGGAAAGCCAUCAACGACGAUGACAGCGCCGAGACGGCGGCCAAGUUCUGCGCCAGCGUCAUCGCGAAGGAGCGAGCAGGUUUGUUCAUCGACCGCCUUCUGUGCACUUGCCGCAACUGGCUCAAGCAACGCGACCUCCUAUUGCCAAAUUUCACCACCACGGCGCUGGGGGAGCCACCGCAGGAGCAAAAGGAUAGUCACCGGUGGGCGGCCUUUGUGAGCUUCCUGGCCGGGCUUCUGACCGCUAUCCCCGGAAAAGGAAAGCGUUCGGCGGUCGGGACGUGCCACUCCGGACACAUCUUCUGCCUGGCGGCGCUUCUAUGCGAGUCCUGCAAGUUCAUUAUACACUCGCCAGACCUGGAAUGGCACACCCAGAUCGAGUGCCUCCGCAGUGCGUUGAAGACCGCGGGCAAGACUGCCGAGCGAGCCGCGCCCGCCCGCAUGGCGGCGCUGGUGGCGUGCCUGCGGGACGAGUUCUUGACGCCCGAUGCCUCCGCCGAGACUCGCCUGACGCUGCUCGAACUUAUUGAGCUGCGCGCUUCGGGGUGGAAAUUCUCAGCCCAGCAGCAACUCUACUAUGCUGCACACAGCGGAGUUUUCGGAGCCGAGUGUGACGACGACCUAUCGCCCUUACCCCUGCCCUGCCGGACCGCCCAAUGAGAUUGUAUACGGCGAAGCGGAGACGAAGGCCUAAAGGCCUAACGUUUCCCAUCGCAAUCAACGGAUACGUUUUUCAUUCGUUAUGAAUAAAAUAAAUAUUUA